GCUUGAAGAACAGCACAUGAUCCGUAACGCAACGGUGAAUUUCUUUCACAUGCAAAUUUUAACUGAAGACGUCGCCGUGACUUUUAAUUGUUCUGAUUUGAAGAUAACAACGCAAGCACGCGACUUUUGAAACGAAAGAUUCGCAUAACAAACACAGUAACACUGUCUUAAUAACUUUUUAAAUCGAUGGCUCGCCUCAACCGAGAAGAUCGAAAUUUUACAGGAUCGCUUCCAGAUUUAAAAGCCUCUGUCAAGGCUACCGAACACCAAACCAAAGUUAUCGACAGAAAAAUAUUCAUUGUUGAAACGCAUUUUCCCAAGGUGGCGGCGAUGCUUCAACGCUACGCAGUAGGAACAGCGAAAUUACGAAACAAGGGCGACGAGCUGGCCAAGACAAUAACGGCCUAUGCGGAAGAAGAAUCUCCCUCAUUAAAGCAAGGCCUUACAACCAUGUCUGAAUGUUUGUCCGCCAUUCAGGAUCAACGAGACACAGAGGUUAGCAAAAUUGAAGAGAAACUCGUUCAAGGACUCAGCGUGUACGACACGAAAUGCAAGCAGGCGAGGAACGACGUGAGGGUUAGUUCGUCUCUCUCCACUAGGGAGGUGAAGUCAUUCGAGAAUCUCGAAAAAGCACAGAUGAAAUCUACUGAUCGAACGCGGAUCGCCAGAGCUCAGGCUGAAUUUCAGAAGGCGUCUGGCGAAGCGAACCGAUCGCUGAGGGUUUUACGCGAACAGAUGAACGAGUUCGAAAGUCAAAAGAUGCGGGAUGUGAAGCAGAUUUUCUCGGAGUUUGUGGUCUGCGAGAUGGAGCUGUUAGCCCGGUCAAUGGAGCUGUAUACACGCGCAUAUCAAGGUUUGAUGAAUAUUAGCGAAAAGGAAGAUUUAGAGGAGUUUAAUAAAACCAUGACUUUUAAGCCAACCCAAUGGGGUUCAGCACCAGCUCUGUCUAAUGCCGGACGGUUUCUAAAGGCGGGAAAUGGUGUAGAUAAUGUAUUGGAAGAGGUUGAAGACGAAAGCGACGAACUCAAUCGUACAAUGUAAACACUGAGGUAAAACAGUUUGAGGCGAAUUUCGAUUUAAGUACGCAUAAAUUAAGCUUAAAUGUCGCCAUAUCAAGAUGAAAAUGUAAUAUAUGAUCUAAGGUCUUACCCCGAAAAAGAGGGUACACCUGUAUUUUCGUAAAACUUUCAGAUCAUACUGAAUAGAUCGAUACUAUGUUGGAAAAUUAUUUACAUCUCAAACAAGGGAAAAUGGUAGCCAAUAAGAAAAGUUAAUAUUAACUACCGAAUUAUUUAUACAAACGUUCGCUUAUCUACACAAUCGUGAAGAAACAGAGUGCAAAUUUCUAGAAGAAAUAUUUAUUAAGUAUCAUUAUGGAAUAUUUCAAAGACAAAAACAGGAAAUAACGAUAUGGGGGAAUUGUCACCAGUUUUGUCUCACUUUUAAGUCAUGCAAAUGACAGCGCUUGCGGUAAACUGGAAAGGGAGAAAUUUUCGCGCGCAUUAGCGCAACUGCGACUCACUCACUCACCCGACUAACCGUUAGCUGAGAGUGAAAAAGGGCAAGCCGAAAUUAAGUGCUCCCUUAAUCUUAGCUUAAAUCGGAAAAUAAAAUUACUAAAGCCUUUUGUAAUAAACCGCCAUACUAUU